GCACUUCAGAAGCAUCAUCAUUUAUUGCGGAAGAGGAAAACAUAAUCUGUGCGUUUAAUUUUAAAUGCAAAGACAAUUCAGAUGUUCCUACAGAAACCUUAGAAAACAACCCCAUUGCUUCCGUGAAUUCUCCUUCCCCAUUAAUUCUCACAGAUAGUACGCAAUUACAAAGUGAAUCUCUAGUAAACGAACAAAGCAUAGCCAACAAACCCAAAAGUAACACACAAGUCACCACACCGGAUCACCCAAUGACCAACAAUUUAAGCCAUAAAGAUCCUGAAGAUACUCAAGACAAUGGUUCUAGAUUAAUUCUUGAGGCGUGUUCAACAACUACUCCUUUAGAAAAGAUACAAGAGCAAGAGUAUCCAACACAAAUGCAGGAAGAAUUGAAACUGCCCUCGCAGGAGGCACAGAAUCAGAAGGAAUCACAGAAGGAAAGUCUUGAAGCAGCUGUAGAUCCAAAUUGCCCAAUAUAUGCACUUUCAUCUUUUUGGGAUGAAGUGGAGAAGUUGACAAUAAAUGACAUUUUACAUCUUAGAUCAGCUCAUAACAGGUCUCCUAUGAGCGGAAGUGUAAUUAAUGAGGACAGCGAUGUCCAUCUUGAAGACAAAGGUCUGCUGACUUCUAAACAGGAUAGUGUGCAAGAAAGUAGCUUGAUGGAUGACUCAGCAGACUCUGACUAUUUCACGCAUGUAGAUGAAUCUAAACCAGACCGUUCAAGUUGUGAACUCUCCAAUCUCUCUGAUUUUGAUGAGGAGUUUCUACAAAUACUUAACAGAAGUCCUAGUCCUGAGCCUCAACAUGUCAAAGAACAGACUGAAAAAUUUAAGUCUACAUACAUGCCAGGCCAUGAAUUUGAUCCAAAUAAUGCUCUAGACAUUGAAAAAAAAAGUCAUCAGGAUGGAAUCCCACAUUAUUUGUAUCCAGCUGUAGAGGUACAGAGCUUAUUUUUUACAUCUACUCAGGACAGUAAUGGGAAUCCUUUUAAAAUGGAAGUCAUCAGGAAAACACCUGUUUUAUCAUUUGACAAUACAGCAGAUAAUCAAUCCAUUUUAAGUUUUUCUGAGAUUUUGACUAAGGACAUUAAUGGAGUUGGUUCCUCUGACAGACUCAGCAGCACUGUUGUCUCAUUUCCAUUCGCAGAGAACUUGUCUGUAUGUGACAUGUAUGAUGAUUUUUUCUCAAACUUUGAGGUUGGGAAUUUUCUCUUUCCUUCAACCCAAGAUAAGACUGUUCCCAUCUUCUCUGUCUCACGCUCAGUGGUGAGAGAUCUGGUAUUCCCAGUGGUGGAGGACCUCGAAUUUGACCCAGAUUUUGAAGAAGAUAAUAUGCCAAUAAGGGACACGACUUGCUUCGACAGCCAACCGGAAAUGUCUACUAGUCCCCCGGGAAUGCCAAACCUGUGCUUUUCCAUGAGCCAAAGAGGAAACUGGAGUAGUCUUUUCUCUCUGAGAAGAAUCAGAUUUACAGGAAAGGGGAGCACCUGGCACCACAAAGUCAGCUCUUGGAUUUUCCCAAAAGAAGCAAAAAAGGCAACAUCAUAUGUCUCAAGAGCCCAACAAAUAGCACCACCCAUGCAAGUGGAGAACAAAUCCCUCCUACAACUGGCAGAGCCACAGAAGCAUGCUGUAUUUAUUUCAAAAGACUUUCUCUUUUCUAUAAAGCAGGCAGACAUGUGCCUGGUUUGUAUUGCGUUUGCUUCCUGGGUAUUGAAAUCCUCUAAUUCACAGUCUACAGACAUGUGGAAAACAGCUCUCCUGGCAAAUGUAAGUGCACUCUCAGCCAUCCAGUACUUGCGGAAAUACAGAAGAGGACAGAUCUGGGAUGAUCCAUGAUGUCUUUUCCAAAAAGUUCUCAGAAGGGACCAGUAAAAAAACAACAACAAAGGGUUCAUUUUGCACAAAUUUAUACCAAGUACAAUAUAAAUACACAAUGAAUAUGUCAGCCAUUAGGUUUCAUGUCAUAUAUUGUACUUUAGUUUAUCAGAAGUUUGCCAUUUUUAAGAUGAUAGCAAACAAGAUAUAGCAAAUCCAUUGUUUUCUAACAUUCACCAUAUUGUUAAAGUAUCAUUUAUUCAGAGAGAUAUUAGAUUGAUAUGGACCAGAAGAGCACUAGCAAGUUUAUGUCAGAAAUAUUUUCAAUAUACAGUAUGCUGAGCAGAAGUACACUGUGUAUAUACUUGUGAUUAACAGAUUUUUGUUGAAUUGAAUUUCCCCUGCAAUAGUAAAAAGUCCAGACUAUAUAAUCAAAGAUCAAAGAAUCAAAGAUUUUUUUAUUAUUGCAGGCUGAAAUAGUUUUCCUGUCAGUUGAUCUUCUGUUCUUCCUGCUUGGCCAGGAUACAUUUGAAAAUGUCCUUCUCCUAGUGCUUUUCUCCACAUAUAUUUCCAACUUUUAGAGAGAUUGGACAUCUGAGUUUUUAUUUUUGAAUUUCUAAAAGAUGGUGACUAUUGUUGCAGUCAUAGGGAGUAACUGGGUGGUGAUUUUUUUUUUUAAAUAAACAAUUUUCUGUCAGAAUUAUUUCAGGCAUUUUUGAAAUUAUUCUGACAAAUUUCUGUCUUGUAAAUUAUGAACUUUUAAAAUAACAUUUGAUGCUGAAACCACAAGUUUCAACACCAAUGUAGCCCAAUGACAUUAUAUUCAACUGGAUACAGCAUUAGUAGUGCAAAGUCAUGCAAAAGAAGAGUAAACUUGUCUUUUUAAUCACCAGUAACAAUUUGUAAUUGAAUGUUAAAGGAAAACUCCACCUUGGAACACAAACAUGUUUAUAUUCAAAUAUUUGUAAUGUGCUUAAUGAUUAUGGUGCUAAUUUGUUGGUUGGUGAUGUAUUUUUGUAUUGUUAUUCCCAUUAGUUCUCUGCCCUCUGAUGGCAGGGGGACAUUGAUGACGCAGUUAUAAUGGUGCUUAAUAGGAGAAAAAUUUUCAACAAUCUCAAACAAAAUUUUAAAAAAUAAUAAUAAUUUUUUUCACUCAGCAGUGACUUUCACUGUCAUAUUAAUGAGAAAUCCAACACAAUGGUGUUGACAGCAGUAUUAAACCGAUAGCAGAAGCUUUGAAACCUGUCCUGUUUGAGCAGAGUGUACAGAUGAGGAGGUGAGAAAGCUGGACAGACUAUAGGACUGAAGUGCUGCCGCAUCAUUCUCUUUAGAUAAUAGGUGAAGUGAGGCGCACUAUCAGCAGGUAGUCAAACUGCAUUGUGAGUAAUGUAGGAAACUGUUCACCGAAGUGAACAUAGACUGACAUGUAGAUGAAAUGUUUAAACUAAAAUAGUCGAAUUUGUUUAGCUUAAAAGAAUUUUGUUAGAAAAUAAAUCUUGGAUGCCACAGAAGAUAUGAAUGAUACAGAUUAAUAUACUAAUUUUAAUUAUAAUAUUAAUAUGCAAGUUGUUCAGGGUGGAUUUUUUUUUUCUUUAAUAGGGGAGUGUACAUUUAAGAUUGUGUACUAUCACACAAGGUUAUAUUUUGAAUCAAAUCAUUCAUACAUUCAAUACACACUUCAUAAAAGGUUACUUUCAGUAUUUACUGGUUUAUUGUAGAAAAUACUGUCUUUUUGGCUGUGGUGUAAAGAAAACAUUUUGACAUCAGUAGUAAUUUCGAGUAAUGUGGUUACUAGUUCUAACUGAUGUCCAUUUGAGCACAAAUAAUGACACUCCACUAGUGGUCACAGCUAGCUUUAUAUUGUUACUCAGACAUAAUACUUUAUCCAGAGAUAUAUGACAUGGUGUCAAUUAAUUACUUAUUUGUUAUUAAUACAGUUUCAUAUGUAUUGCAAUAAACAGUCCAAAAACUAUUCUCUCUCUACUGUUAUAUACUGAUAAGAGUAUUCCCUCUAAGAUAUACCUUAAAAAGAGGAGGUUAAAGAAAAGCUAUGAUACAGUAUUUAAAGCAUGCACUUACUGCACACAGGUUCAAUCGUCUUUUUGAGUCCAAAUCUAACAUUAAAACACUCAUUUACACAUGUAAUAUAUUAUUUGAUACAUAUAAUAUGUACAGUAUUAUAGAGUAGGUUUCAAUAAAGUUUAAACUUUAAGCUGUAUUGUGGAUAUUCGCGAUACUGGACAGCACCUUGCAAAUACUAAAUACAUCUAGUGCUUUAGCACAGCAACAAUAUUACAAUAGAUUUCAUUUUUAACAGUAAAAACUGAUAAGUAAUAGUCAUGCAACAAAAACAAGUUGAAUGUGCUUGGAGAAAAAGAAAAAAUAAGUUCUUUCAUACAAUACCACAAAGUAGGGCAGAGUCAUAAGUGCUGAAAGAAAGUAAACUGAUUCUGUACAGG